AUGCUGCGACGCUUCAUUUUUCAUUCGCCGGCGUCCCCUCCUGCCCCGUUGCCAGCGGUGCGCCGGAUAAUCCACUGUCGAGGCCAUGGCAGCAGUGCCACUGGCGACGAGGUCCAGGCUGCACGCGCCUGGCUCGCGGAGCUCCAUGCAGAGACGAUCCCUUUCAAGAGCAUUGGCGAAUUGACCUUCAGCAGAUCGUCAGGUCCGGGCGGCCAGAAUGUAAACAAAGUCAAUUCUAAAGCUACGUUGAAGGUGCCUCUCGACGCGUUGCUGCACCACAUCCCUGCAGCCCUACAUGGCGAAAUUAGACGUUCUCGCUACGUUGCUGCUAGAUCCAAUACCAUCAUAGUCCAGGCCGACGACAGUCGAAAGCAGAGCGACAAUGCUCAGAGCUGCUACAGGCGCAUAUACGAGGCCAUUGCCCGAGCCGGACAAGAUGCUGUGCCCGCCGAGACGUCGGCAGCACAGGUGCAGCAUGUCAAACAACUACAAAAGUCAGAUAACGAGCGCCGCCUCAAGAGCAAGAAGCAGCACAGCGCUAAGAAGACGUCGCGGCGAAGCCGGGGUGACGAGUGA